AUGAGGAAACCAACUAUAGAAGGUCAGCUCUUUUAUGUUGAGGAAAUGGAUCAGUUGGCAGAUGAGCUUCUAGAAGAGUUAUCAACAGAGGAUCCACUACAAGUUGCUUUGACCAAGGAUUCUUCAGAGGGAUAUGUGAGCUCAGAAACUGAUGAGUACAAGAAGCUCCUUGACACCUUCAGACCAGUUCCAAACAUUCUGAGCAUUGAGGGAUUGGACAGGCCAGUUUGCGAAGUCAUGGCAGUGAGCUCGAUCAAGAACUCGAUCGAGUCGAGUUUCGAACAAACGAACUCGAUCGAGCUGGGGCUGAAGCAAGGAGCAAGCUCAAGGAGAUUGUUGAGUGCUUUGCUUGUUGAAUUGAGAAAGUACAGAAAGGCAAUAGGUUACACUCUAGAUGAUAUCAAGGGGAUCUCCCCUGACCUAUGCAUCCAUAGGAUUCAUCUAGAGGAUGAAAGUAAGUCAAGCAUUGAACCUCAGAGAUUGAACCCCAAUCUAAAGGAAGUAGUGAAGAAAGAGAUACUCAAGUUGCUUGAUGCUGGGAUAAUCUAUCCCAUCAGUGAUAGCACUUGGAUAUCUCCAGUUCAUUGCGUCCCAAAGAAAGGGGGGAUCACUGUCAUUAAAAACGACAAAGAGGAGCUGAUUCCCACUAGAACAAUAGUGGGGCAUCGCAUGUAUGUUAGAAAGAUUGGCAAACCACCCUUUUAUUGUUUUCUUGAUGGCUACAGUGGUUUCUUCCAAAUCCCGAUCCACCCUAAUGAUCAGGAGAAGACCACUUUCACAUGCCCUUAUGGCACCUUUGCUUAUCGAAGGAUGCCAUUUGGGCUGUGCAAUGCUCCAGCUACUUUCCAGAGGUGCAUGACCUCCAUUUUUUCAGAUCUGAUAGAGGAGAUGGUAGAAGUCUUCAUGGACGAUUUCUCAGUCUAUGGAGCAUCCUUCUCCUCAUGUUUGUCUAACUUGUGCAGGGUGUUGCAGAGGUGUGAGGAGACCAAUCUAGUACUCAACUGGGAGAAGUGCCACUUCAUGGUUCGAGAAGGGAUUGUGCUUGGACACAAGAUUUCCGAGAAAGGGAUCGAGCUCGAUCGAGCUAAGGUGGAUGUCAUGUUGCAGCUCCCUGUUCCCAAGACUGUGAAGGACAUAAGGAGUUUUCUGGGUCAUGCAGGGUUCUACAGAAGAUUCAUCAAGGAUUUCUCAAAGAUAGCAAGACCCUUGACAAGGCUUCUGUGCAAGGAGACAGAUUUUGAGUUUGAUGAAGAAUGCCACAAGUCUUGGACCUUGCUGAAGGAUGCUCUGGUAUCUGCGCCAAUAGUACAAGCUCCAAACUGGGAUCACCCAUUUGAGAUUAUGUGUGAUGCAUCUGACUAUGCAGUAGGAGCAGUGCUUGGCCAAAAGAUAGACAAGAAACUCAAUGUCAUCUACUAUGCAAGCAAGACUAUGGAUGAUGCUCAGUGCAAGUAUGCAACCACAGAGAAGGAGCUCCUUGCCAUAGUCUUUGCCUUUGAGAAGUUUCGAAGCUAUAUAGUUGGAUCCAAGGUGAUUGUGCACACUGACCAUGCUGCCCUUAGACACAUCUUCGCUAAGAAAGAUACAAAGCCAAGACUUCUCAGAUGGAUCCUUUUGCUUCAAGAGUUUGAUAUAGAAGUUGUGGACAAAAAGGGAGUAGAAAAUGGAGUUGCUGAUCAUCUCUCUAGGAUGCGAGUUGAAGACAUGAUCCCCAUCAAUGAUUCUAUGCCUGAAGAACAGCUUAUGGCAAUCAUGAUCUUGAAAGGAGAGUUUUGA